CUUAUUUUAUUGACCUUCCCCACGAUGGUCACGUCACGUUCACAAUUAUUUAUCCACAUAUAUAACUUGAUUUCCAUGAACUUGAUCGUGUGCUUCAAUUUUUCCUGAUUAAAUAUUGUCACAAAAUCUUAACCCAUUUGAAAUGUACAAAAUAGGAUUCUCAUUUUCAACCAUAGCCCUUAUAAUAGUUAUAAUUUCAAACCAUGAAACCAAAGCUACCACCUCUGCUAAAACUGCCGGAUGGUUCACCACCGACAAAGAAUGUGUUCGAUCUUCAAUGGAUAUCCAACGAAAAAAUUUUGAAUACAUUUGGACGAUAGAGAAAUUCAACGAAUAUUUUGACAUCGUUAAAAGAUACCAUGCAGAAAAAAUCUUAACCCAACAGAGAUCUUUAUCUAGUGGAAAUUCUGGAAAUCUAAACAUCGAAUCCACUCUUCAAUUAAUGGAAUCAGGUGAUCUGAAAGCAACUUUAACACUAAAACUGCCCUGGUCAAUACCGAAGGAUGUAGAAAUUCGUGUAGAAUUAACAAUCUGUAGCAAUUUGGGAAAUCUCACGGUGGCAAAAGCACCCAUGCUGAGGUCGUUGGGGAACGCUGCAAGUUCCAUGUUGUCAUUUACAUGGGACAAGAUUAAUUCGGAUGAAAUUUACAGGGCUGAUAGCCUUGGCGAAAUUGACUUGGUGUAUAAUGUUGUGCAGUUUAAUUAUUCUCAGGGAGUGGAGAAGAGAGAAUGCGUUAGUUUAGGGGGAUUAACACAUGGGGAAGAACCUCAUUCUGCGUUUAGACAUGGCUAGAGAACAUUUACUUAUUUAUUAAUGUUAUUUACGUACAAAAUAGCUAAUCGAAUUUUAACUUUAAAUUAAAUAUAUUGAUGCAUAAAUAACUCGUAAAUAGCAUAAAUGUUAGAAAUGUACAUAAAUCCAGAGUUAAAAAGUCGUAUGUUGUCCGACUUGUCCUUGAUAAUAAAAUUACAAAUGGAUUUUUUUAUUCAUGAUGACAUUGGCGUGUCGAUACAUACCGACACAUCAUAAAGCUUCCCUAUUUUUGCAUUAUAUCCCCACCCCAUUCUAUUUCAUGUUUAAACCUAAAUCACCUUCAAAUAAACUGCGUAAAUUAUAGUUCUAUUAAUCUAGUAAACGCAUCAAAUCACAAAUUAUCUGCACGAAUUAGUAACUUAAAUAAAUCUGUAUCCAAUGGGGAACCUCGUGAUCCUAACUUUUUUAGCCCUCCAAGGAAUCGUCUUCGCAGAUAGUCACAAGGACAAGAGAGAUGAUACCAGUAAUUGGAACUGGUUUCCUAAGGGGAAAGAUUGUAGUCAUUCUACUGUCGACAUUGCAAAGCAAGACUAUCAAAUGAUAUGGACGGUCGCCAACUUUCAAAAAUAUUACGAAUACGCGUCAAGAUUCCACGAACCAAAGUCCUUAACAAGACAGGUUAUUCAUUCUUCCGUACCGAGAUCGAUGAACACGGCAAUUACCAUGUACAAAAUUAUCACAUUCUUAACUAAUUAUUGCUUUAUUAAGGUUACCAAUUUUUUGUACAGCGACGCCACCAUUUCUGCCAUUCCGGUCACGGACUCAAAACCUGAUGUGAUAACCACCCUGAAAAUAAAGUACCCUUGGCGAAUAACAGAUGCGGAAUUUGAUGUUGAUCUCGACAUAUCUACCACAACGGGAAGAAUCAACAACCUUUCACCAAUUUACCGGAAGAGAUGGGUGGAAAGUUCCUUUAUUGGAGGAGAUAAAGAGUUUUUCUUGUACAAGUGGCAACUGAAUAACUCAAAUUCCACUAAAUUUAAAACACUUACAAGAAUUGGGGAGACUGGAAAAGCGAUGAAAGACGAAACUGAUCCUGAAAUUACGUUAAUUUUUACAAUUACACAAUUUCUUACAGUAGGGCCAGCGGUUUCGGUGGGGAAGUGUCCAACUAAGUUCAACUUUAUAUAAAUAUAUAAGAAAAAAUUUUGAAAUUUUUAUUUUGGAAUUUUGGAAUUUGUGAAUAAAAGAAUAACAAAUUA